ACUCUUCGCCCAAAGCGCGGCUUAGUAACUUUUCGAGUCCGUUUGUUGGUAGCCAAGUCGGUUGGUACCAUUUUUAUAUAGUUUCUUACCUUGUCUACGUCAUACCAAUGGUAUGCGGUGACUCCGAUGGGUACGCGAAGAGUACCAAGUACCCAUAACAGUUAAUUCGGAUUUUGUGGAGUUCAUAGUGGUUUUUAAAUGUUAUCAUUUCGAUUGCUGACUUAAUAAUUUUGAUUUAAUAAUUAUUAUUAAUUCUAUACCUCUCUUGGUACCAUCAACUCAUUGUUUAUAUUAUGGCUGAAAGAUAACAUAAUUGGCUCGAAAUGGUACGUAGUCGUACCCCUUCACAAGGGGGCGGAUCUCAAGGUUUCGAAAUGGAACGAAAAUAUUCGGUACCAUCCAAUCCAGACGCUCGUGCCUUUUCAGGUACUGCUUCCGAAGAUUUACAUGCUUGGUCAAUUUAUCGCCAAAAUCUAAAUUCCGACUUUACGGACAGCGCAUUGGGUUCCACAGACAAAAGUCCUUUGCCGUAUGGUAAUUUUCAACUUAGAGAUACCACGGUACAAUCGAUUUUAUCGCAUCCAAGAUAUGGACCCAAAUCGACUUUGGGUUCAAACAUGUACACGUACCUGAAAUUUGGUUUGCCCCGAGUAUUUCCACCGAACCAUAAUGGUUCUAGUAGAUCGGGACGUGGUACUCCGCAGCAUUUUAUUAGAAACUCAUCGGCAAGACCAAAAACAAGGAGUCAAAAAAUGGGUAGUCGAGGACCAAGAGAAGGUUCGUCGGGUUAUGAUAGUAGCGACAACGAGACAUCGAAUCAAUACAAGCAAAACAGGAAGUACCGAUCUGAUCCGGAUUUCCGUAUUCAAAACGCCCAUCCUACCUAUCAUCAUGGGGAUUCGCACCCUCAUCCGGUUCUUCCUCUAGCUGCGAUGCACCAAGGAGGUAUCAGACCAACCCGAGGUAUUCCGCAACAGCAGCAACAAUGGAACCGACACAAAAGUGUUUCAGAAGCAAACUUGCUUGCCAUGGAAUACCAUAGAGCCUACCAUCCAAACUCACCUCAGCAUAUACGUGAUCCUAGACGAGCCAGUGUGGCUGAAUUUGGAAUGCAUCACAAUCAUGAUGUUGUUGAUCACAGUGUAUUGAGUCAUAUAAGUAAGCCAAUCUCCAAAGCCGAAAGCCAGUUUUCAAUACCGGCCUCAAGAAAAGGCCCUUCAGUAAUAAGAUCAGACUAUACAGCACCAGAAGAAGACGUAACACCCAAUUUCAUCUAUCCGCACUUGCAGGCCAAUCAAAUAAGCCUCUGGCCUUCUGCUUCAAAUUCGUGCUUUAGCUCUAAAAACCAUUUGCUGGUAAGCGACGCUUCUUUUGAGGCUAGAGGUGGAGAUUUGCUGGCUAUUAUGUCAACCUCGGAAUUAGAAGGUACUGCUCUAUUGGAUUUGGUGGCUGGAAGAAGGUGCCCGGUCCAAGGCGAGGUACUACUCAACGGACAAAGGGUACGACCGAGUUUGCUUAGGGAUCGUGUGGCUUACGCUCAAAGCGAUCCGAAUUUGUGCAUGGAUAUGACUGCAGUGCAAAUAAUGAGAUUUCAUUACGACCUGAAAAACCCAACCGAAAAACUUGGAUACCUCAAAAUCGAUUCCACAGACAGAAUAAAUCUUCUAAUAGAAGAACUGGGCUUAGAACAAGUCCGCAACACAAAAGUAUCUUCAAUGACAAUAUCGGAAAGACGCCGGCUCAACGUGGCCUGCCAUUUGCUCCAAGACACUGAUAUUGUUGUCUUGGAUCAACCUACAAGAGGAAUGGACAUUUUUGAUACGUUUUUUCUUGUAGAGUAUCUUCGUCAAUGGGCCAGUGGUGGAGCAGGUGGCAGUUCACUAGGAAGAAUAGUGAUUUUAACUCUUCAUCCACCCACUUAUGAAAUCUUCAUGAUGCUAUCCAGGAUUCUGUUGAUUUCAGCUGGUAGAGUUAUGUUUAGCGGACGGAGAAGGGACAUGUUGCCAUAUUUUGCUUUAGUUGAUUAUCCUUGUCCCAAUUUUAAAAACCCAUCAGAUUAUUAUUUGGAUUUGGUGACAUUGGAUGAUUUAUCAGCUGAAGCUAUGUUGGAAUCAUCUCAAAGAAUUGAGCAGUUAGGUGAGAUUUUCAGGCAAAAGCAGCCUCCUUUGAGCGAUCCAGGACCUCCAUCUGCUCUUCCAAUGGCAGUCAAGCGAUCUAAUUUUUUAGUGCAAGCUUUUGUACUAUUUACAAAAUCCAUGGUUUAUACACAACCAAACACUUUCAUAAAAUGGCUCACUUUAGUGAUGAUGUCGGCGUCGUUGUCCUUAAUAUUAGGAGCUAUUUUUUGGGACGUUCCCAAUACAGAUCCUCAAUUAAUUUUAAAUGAUAGAUUAGGUUAUCAUUACGCAGUGAUGUGCAUAGCACCAUGGCCUCUACUUCUCUAUAUGACUCUAAAUGAAGUGAAUAAUAAUCGGAAGACUGUUGAAAGGGACAUGGAAGAUGGUUUGUACGGAAAAUUAAUUUAUAUUUUAACUAAGACUGUUAUUAAUUUAUUCCCCUCAUUAUUCAUUUGGCUAAUAUACUCAAUACCCAGUUAUUCAAUGUGCGGCCUUUACAUGCAAAAUUUGAAUAACUACGACGGCUUUUACAUCUAUAUUGGCAUAAUGCUAAUGUAUUUAAGCUGUUUACAAUCGGUGCAAUUGGCUCUAAUUUACUUACUACCUUGCUCUAAUGCUGCCACAAUUAUAGCCAGUAUUAUUUCUACAAUUUGCUUCUUGGUUGGAGGAUACGUGUUACAUUAUAAGGAUAUGCCAAUGUAUAUAGGCUGGUUGCGAUAUUUAAGCCCAACUUCAUGGCUAAUGCCUUAUGUACUCAACAGAGAACUUAGUCCUGAGGCAAUCGAAAGCAGUUCAGUAACUCCUUUAUGUAGAAAUAAACAAGUCCAACAUCAAGACAUUAUAGUUCAGCUACCAUGUCCUCCACCAAAUGGUACCCAAGUACUAUUCAAUUAUGGUUAUUUAACGUUUCAACAUGAAGUUUUUGAUUAUGGGAAUAUUUCCAUUGCCAUGCUAGUGUUUUAUUUAAUAUUUUUCGUUGUGGCUUGUUGCGGGUUCUUGUGCAAUUGUGGACGAACAAAGUCGAAAAGAGGCAAUAUUAGUGAUAGUAACAAACCUUAAAUUAAUAUGUAGUUUGAAAAUGUAAAUAUAUGAUAAGUAAUUUCAA